GUACAUAUUCCCAUAAAAAUUAUCAUUUGAACUUUGAACAACAGAAAAGGAAAGUUUCAGAGCUUUGUCACGACUUCGUGAGGCAAAAGUUCUCACUUGAACUGUAUAAAAUUGAAUAUUUCUGCAAUUUUUGAAUCAGUUUUAUCCAACAAAAUGUCCGUGAAAAGUGUAAAAAAUCGCGCGCAGAAGAUUUAUUCAUUAAUCUUUUGCCUUUUCUUUCUCCAACAAAUUGAUCCAACGUCAGCAAGACCAGCGCAAGCUUUAGGAAUUGAUACAGGGGGUUCCGGAUUAUUAGGUGGUCUAGGUCUAGGUAAUUUAUCCUUAUUAAUUGUCCCUAAAAAGAUACGAAAAAAGCGAAUAUUUCUUUCAGGUGGUGCAAGUACUGCAAGUGGUGCAAAUGGAACAGCUGGUAGUGGAAAUCAAGGUGUUCAAAUUAACGUAGGACCGCAAAAUAGUACAGUUCUGGGCUCUGGUUCAGCUUCAGCUAGUAAUACGGCCUUCAAAUGGGACCUAGAAUCAUUCUCGGAUUCACUUAUUCCAUCUAAGAAUUUUGAUUUAUCAUCAGUUCUUAAGAGGAAAUCACCUAUGUUACAACCUAGCAGCUCGGAUGGAGGUACUUUUAGUACAGGGAGUGGAGCUAACUCAGGCAGAGUAACAAUUAAUAAUUCAGCCACAUCAUCAUCGGAAACAAACGGAAUUUUAGACUUUAAUCUCAAUAACCCAACACCAGCUGGAGCAUACACAUAUUCUGACGGGAAAGGCUAUACCUUAACCAUUGGCGGAAAUGCGGGACAGACUGUGUCAGGGGGGAGAGCAGUUAGAGAAGACGACAGAAUCUACAUUAAUACUAAUCAAUUAUUAUCAUUAUCCAUACCAGAAAGUCAAAUAAAUAUGGCAGGUGUCUACUGAUAUAUAUGAUCCUCAUGGGCCCUAUGCAUCCCUUACAACAACUGGCGGAAGUAGUGGCAGUACAACGCUUACUGGAAUGGAAAUACAAAAAGUCAUUCUUGUAAAAAAAAAAUGAUUUUCUAAUUUAGAAGCUAAUAAAAUUAGAAUGUCUAGUAA